CAUCUCGCCAACCACACAACAGAAACCUCAGGGUGAGAAGAGCGCGUGGUCUGUAAGAGCGGACGUCGCGUACAAUGUAGUGCACAGCAUUGUGUUUGGCUGCCUGGCCGUCAGCACCAUGCGGAUGAAAUACCUGUGGACCGCCCACAUGUGCGCCUUUGCCUCUUUUGGACUUGUCAGUAUGGAGGUUUGGGAGAUUGUGCUGCGAUUGUUCCGUCUGUACACACCACAGAGGACCAAUGUGCUUCGAUAUACUGUAUCUAUACUGGUGAUUCUUUACCUGAUAUUUAAGUUCUGGCCAAGGAUAACUCAGGAGCUGUCUGAGCUGCAGGAAUUCUAUGAUCCGGACACUGUGCGGUUAAUGAACUGGAUUAAGUCAAACACCCCAAAUAAUGCAGUAAUUGCUGGUAGCAUGCAACUUCUGGCUGGGGUAAAACUUUGCACGGGGAGAAUUCUGACCAACCACCCACACUACGAGGACGUCACUCUAAGGGACAGGACGAAGCAGGUGUACCAAGUGUAUGCGAGGAGAUCUCCAGAAGAUGUGUACAAAAUACUGAGGUCAUUUGGAACUGAUUACGUCAUCCUGGAGGACAGUAUAUGUUAUGAACAGAGACACAAGCGAGGGUGUCGCCUGCGCGAUCUACUGGAUACGAAUAACGGCCAUAUCAUGGAUGGUUCUGGAGACAAUGACCCCGAUCUGAAGCCUUCACCCUCCCCCCGUUUUUGUCACGAGAUAAAGAAAGACCUGCCUGCCUACACAAAGUACUUCACCAGGGUAUUCCAGAACAAAACAUUCGCUGUUUACAGAUUGUCGCGGAACGUGUCUGUAAAGUAACUGUGAGCGGGGAGACAGGAUUGUAAUACUGCGUCACUGAGCCACUGCGUAUCCUCCGGAGAGAAGGUCCAUCCUUUGCUGGAAGACGUGUCUUCUUUUCUCUUUGGCCAGGCAUAGUCCGUGUUGUUGUGCUUUUCUAGUAUAGUGUUUGAACUGAAGAUGAGGUGGCUUGUGAAUCUACGUGCUCAUGAACUUGGUGAUUCCGCUCCAUCUCCACAAUGUUCCUCGUGAUUCUUGUCUCGCCGAUUUCUCUUCUACCACCGCAUCUGUAAGAUUACAGUAACCCAACUCAUCCGUAACAUUACACGCCAAAUACUUCUGUGUCCCUGAGCCAUGGUAUUGAUUGGGACAUGACAGAGAACAGCUAUUGUACAAAUAGCAUAUAAUUGGUGUCACCUGUACUUUGAUACCAGCAGGAUGUAGAGGGCGCGUUAUUUGCAGCCAAUAAGAAGGCUGCAUCCAGCCACCACUGCUGCCAGUUCUAAGUCAUAUACACUGUAUAAAAAGCGCCAAGCGUGCCAGCAAGCAUCUCCUGAAGGGUGGGUGUGCGGGACAGCAGCCCCCAUUGUUCUGUAUAUUAGGUGGUGUCUGAUGUGGGAGUGGCCAGCUUUCCUCUAUUGUUACAUGAGUAUGUCUGCUUUCUUUAUUUAAUGGUAAUCUGUCCAGGUGUUGCUGCGGGUGGGCGGGGUCUCAUUAGACAGGUGCUGCAUCCUAUCCAAUAGGACUAGCCAGUUUGGAGGUUCUGAAUCCACUCAUUGCAGAUUUCCUCUUUCUAUUUCAGAGGGGCUGAAUCAGUAUUACACCAUCGAGCAGUAUUAUUAGUUCUGUAUCAUUUCUGCUAUGUAUUUUUAAUAGAUUUCCAUCUUGCGUGCAGUGACAUCACCGCGUUUAUAACGUUCUUUUAGACUUUGUAUUUAUUUGGGGGGUUUUAUUUGACUGUCUGUGUCUUGUCCUAGCAUUGUGUAAUUAUGUCAGUGGAUGUAGAAAGCCAUGUAUGAUUGUCAGUAAUGUACACACAGUGGAGUAAGACAUGGACUGAGCCAAUAUGCAGCCUGUCAGCCACCCAGGGACUAGUGAGACGCCAAAUGGCUGAGUGAUGCCCGUGGCUCCCAGUGACUGGAAGCUCUGUAGGGUCACUGUGCGCGCAAUGAGAGUGCCUUGCAGUAGCUGUGUAUGGCAGCAGUACGAUGGCUCUCAGAAUGAAUACACGCAGAUUACCAGAUAAUUAAUAUAAAAUCCCACUCUUCAUUCCAGUCAUGUUUACAAUGUAUGGUAAGGACGGAUCUUCUCACUGAUCACCCUGGAGUUGCUGUUUCUGGAUUAUUACACAGAAUUUUGGCAGUGAUCUUUAUUUUUUUCUUUGUACUAAUCAUCACUGUGCUGGAGUCGGUAAUUACAUAAAUUGAUACUUACACUUGCCAAGAUGGAUCACCGUCUCCGGUCCUUCUAUUGCAUUCUACUGGCAAUAAUGCAUUAGAGUGUAAGCUCCCCUGAGCAAGGUUCACUGUGCCUAACGAUGAUAUCUGUACAGCACCAGCUCCAUAGUGCCAUAAAAUAAAGAUCUUGUUCAGUGUUUGCAAUAAUUAAAAGUUACUGAAUUUA